GGGUCUUCACCCGGUCCUGGGCCGGGGAGGCGGUACCGACCUCCGGGGGAGUCCUCACCGAGCUGUGUCUGGAAGUAAAAGCGCCUUUGCCAUCCUUCAGAGCUUCGCCUCCCGAGCCUCAGCUUGGGCCAGGUGGCGUCUUGGCACGCCGGGACGAAGGAGGCAGGGACGGUGCUCACCUCCAUCACCAACAUUGCUGUUUUUCUUUCAGAGGAUACGACGGGAAAUCUGAUCUCCAUGUUGGAAUAACCAAUAGUAACGGCGUGGUGUAUAACUACAACCAGGAGGGCAUGCACAGAGCUGAAACUGGCUGGGAACAGUGCAUCAGCAUCCCCCUAGUACAGCCAGACAUGUUUGGGCUGCUUCAGCAGUGGGAUAAGCUCCUAGAGGAAUUUUCUGUGGGAGAGGCCUGGCUUCCUCACAGGUACGAAGAGCAUGACCACAACUGCUACACGUUUGCACUGGCAUUCAUUAACAGCGUGCUCACUGCACAAGGGAAACAGCAGAUGAGUAAAAGUGAAUUUACAGAGACAUUUGUGAUCCCACAGACAAGGAAAGCUUCCAAAUACAUAACUCUUCACCAGGAGCUGACAGCUAACGAUUUCUACAUUGUACCCCUUCCUGAUCGAGAAAAACAGUGCUGA